AUACGUCACUUUCGCACACUACAAUCAGCUGUUCUACCAACAUGGCGACCUUAGGCCGUACUUCUUGCAAAUUAUUCAAAAUUGUUCAAUUUACGCCGAUUUUUACCCGUAAUUUAGGCCAUGUGAAGUGUAAUAAAUCUUUUUCUAAAGUCCUAACAACGUGCGCGUGUAUAUUUGGCGGCGGUGUUGUGUUUUAUACAACGAAUUACUACAGCAAUUCGAGUACCGUUUACGCGCUCAAGGCGAAGCCUGACGAACUGGCGAAAUCGGUGAAGCUGACGUCGAGGGAGCGUCGCUUCAUCAAGUUCGCGAGCGUCGAGUACGGUGGACAGCUCUACAUGACGCCCCAGGACUUCCUCGAGUCAGUAGUCGAACAGGAGCCGAGACCUCGACUUAAACGAAGAGUUUUAACAACCAAAGAGAUAGAAAACCUGCAGGACCAAACCCCUCAACUAAAGAAGGGCUCGUCGCAGAUGUUCAGGAAACUUAAAGACAAAGGGAUCAUAUCAUACACGGAAUACCUGUUUCUUCUAUCGAUUUUAACAAAGCCGGCGUCGGGUUUCCGGAUUGCCUUCAACAUGUUUGACACAGACGGCAAUCAGAGGGUAGACAAGAACGAGUUUCUAGUUAUCCAACGUCUGCUGGGUGGAGCUUUCAAGGAGCGCAAAAACGUGGACGCGAAAAGCCAAGAGGCCAUGGAAAAGAUCUUCAGCUACGCCUGGAGGGGGAAACGCGGGAUAAACGACGACGACGACAAAUUAGCGGAGGGCGCCCACGAGAACUACGUCAACGACGACCAGGGUCUGCAGAGGAGACACAACGUGGAUACGUUCCUACAGAUCCACUUCUUCGGCAAGAAAGGUAACAACGACCUCAAUUUCGAGGGCUUCAAGCAGUUCAUGGAGAAUCUACAAUCUGAAGUGCUGGAGUUGGAGUUCCAAGAGUUCGCCAAAGGCCACGAGACCAUAUCAGAAGUGGACUUCGCGAAGAUCCUGCUCCGGUACACGUAUCUAGACACGGACGAGUACGACAUGUACUUGGACCGCCUGCUGGACAGGAUGAAGCACGAGCGCGGGAUCACCUUCGAGGAGUUCAAGACGUUCUGCCAGUUCCUGAACAACCUCGAGGACUUUAGCAUCGCGAUGAGGAUGUACACGCUGGCCGAUCACCCUAUAUCCAAAGACGAGUUCCACCGCGCCGUGAAGAUAUGCACCGGCAUAGGGCAGUCGGAGCAUCUGGUCAGCACCGUGUUCGCGAUCUUCGACGCGGACGGAGACGGCCUGCUCAGCUACAAGGAGUUCAUAGCCAUCAUGAAGGACAGGCUGCACCGGGGAUUCAAGUCGUCCGCCAAGAACGAAGGAUGGGAAGCUUUCAAGUCCUGCGUCAAACAGGAAAUGAAAAGCGUGGCCUAAUUAUUGGGGCUGGCAACACUGUUCCCUACUAAUCUGUGCAUGAUGCGUUAAAAAAAAGUUUAUUUAACUUAUCAUUUCAAUUUACUUUUUUAAGUUCGCAAUUUUGUUUAAUUCUAUUUUCGACUCAGAUCAUCGUGAGAUAUUUAAUAUUAUUAUUUUAUGAUUGAGUUUAAAGGUUCUGAUGAGUUCUAGUCCUUCUUACAUUCAAAUUAUCUAUCGAAUAUUCUAGAAUUUCAUUUUUGAAUUCUAUAACACAUAGUACAAAAAUAGUAUUACAGAAACAUUUUGUUGUCUAUGGUAGCGAUUUACAAACAGGUUGAUCUGUUAGAUCAACAAUAAUAUCAUAGUAUGUCAAUCUCGAUACAAUUAGCAUUUCAAUAUUUAGUACAAUUAUGGAGGGUAGAAAUAAGGAGCACCAUCUUGUAUAGGGGACAACAUAGAUUAUACACUUAAUAUAUUCGAGGGGACAAGUUGCAAAGCUGUCCACCUGUAAACAGCAAGUUAUUGUUGAAAGAUUCAUAGAAAUAGCGCUAGUGUAGGAAAUGGAAAUUAUAUGAGUAUAGCAAUUUUAAUCAGAGUUUAGUGUGCUGCUUUGAAAAUUUUAAUAUUUUUCGUGACUUCUAUAGUUAAAAAAUAUGUAGUAUUUAAAAUCUCAACUAUAUGUUUGUAUUACUAUUUAAGUAGGAAGAGUUUUUUUUCCUUCUUAAUUUAGUAUUCUACUGUAAUAUUUUAUGGCGCUGUUUUUAAAAUCUUUCUACAUGCUACAGUGGCGCCACCUUAAUUGUCUCUCUUUCAGUGGACACUUUUUAAUACGAUGAGAUGGUCCUAUUUUCUUCUACCAUCCUUAAUUACAAACAAGGUUAGUUAAUUUCAAUGAAAAAAAUCAAAUUACCUUACUGAAACAUGGAAAACUUUCCAAAACAAAUCAUUGUAUCCAUGGCUUCAUUAAGUUACUGCGGGCUGUAAGUCAUCUCUGAGAUUGUUUAGCGUCAAACGCCAUAAUUUAAUGUCGUAUAACACAGAAUAGUCGUUUAAGAAGUGAGAUUUUGUUGUUACUAAUUUAUAAAACAGCGUGUUUUGCGUAGCGUAAAAUAAAGAUCGUAUUUUUUUUUUGUAUUCAAUAUAUUUAUUUAUUGUAUUUUCAUCGAACAUUUCUUCUUCAUUUUUCAAUAGAUAGGGUUAAAUGUAUACCUCAUAAAGGUGAAGUCAAGUUUUGUAUUAUGAACAUCUUAAUGGUUUGUGAAAUUAAUGAUUUUCCAUUAAAUUACUGGCAAUUUUUAUUCCAUAUUCUUGAAGAAAUACGAAAUUAAAUAAUCUAGGGAUGAACACAUUGGGCUAUACAUUCUUAGUUGAUAAAAUACAAUCGAAUAGUUCAAUAGGGUUUUCGCAAACGAAUUAGAUCGAAAUUGUAACUCGCAUAAGUCACCGAGUAUUUUAUUUUUUAAUGGAAAUAUUAUUUGUUAAAACUUCUUACGGGUCAAACAUGUAUUUAUUUUAUCUUUAGUACCUGUAAAAUGUGUCAACGAUAGCUUUUUAUCUACUAUUUAUUUUCACUACGGAAAAUAACACCCAAGUCACUCUACAAACUCUUAUUCCCACUUUUCGAACUUAUUGCAGUAACUAAACUAUUGUAAUUAAUUUAUUAAUAGCAAUAGCUUUGUCACCCUGACUGAAGUAAACAACAAUCUAUAGUCCUUUUCAUUUCCUCUUAAUAUAUUUUUGUUAACUAAUAGUUUAGUUAGUUUUUAUACAUCACUAACUAUGUAUAAAAACUCUAUGGGUUAACACUUCCAAUAAUGCUUUUUCUUUUAUAGUAUCUGGCAAUAUUUUUUUACCUUUCUCAUUUAUCUCCUAUUUUGUUACUAUAAUAAUAUAAAUGUUGCUUAAUUUUUUUAUUUAAUUUUAAUGCUUAUUUAAAAGUUUCUUGUAAUCAAGAGAAACAUUUAUUUUCAUGUUACUUUCAGGUUUUUAUGAAUCUUAUUUUUUUUUUAAAUUAUAAUAAACAGAAUGCCAGUAUUCAUGUCGUUUUUAAUUUUAUGAAUGUGUUAAGUACUUUGCCACUGUAACUAAUUGCUUAACAAUUUAACAUAAGCUUGUGGUCUGUGUUAACAAUUGUUAAAAUUAUUUUUUCUUAUUAAUUUAAAAAAUAAGAUUUCAAAAGUCGAAAUACAAAAUUAAAAACUGCUCUUACGUUGUUUAAUCUCAUCUGUUAGAUCAACAAUAAUAUCAUAGUAUGUCAAUCUCGAUACAAUUAGCAUUUCAAUAUUUAGUACAAUUAUGGAGGGUAGAAAUAAGGAGCACCAUCUUGUAUAGGGGACAACAUAGAUUAUACACUUAAUAUAUUCGAGGGGACAAGUUGCAAAGCUGUCCACCUGUAAACAGCAAGUUAUUGUUGAAAGAUUCAUAGAAAUAGCGCUAGUGUAGGAAAUGGAAAUUAUAUGAGUAUAGCAAUUUUAAUCAGAGUUUAGUGUGCUGCUUUGAAAAUUUUAAUAUUUUUCGUGACUUCUAUAGUUAAAAAAUAUGUAGUAUUUAAAAUCUCAACUAUAUGUUUGUAUUACUAUUUAAGUAGGAAGAGUUUUUUUUCCUUCUUAAUUUAGUAUUCUACUGUAAUAUUUUAUGGCGCUGUUUUUAAAAUCUUUCUACAUGCUACAGUGGCGCCACCUUAAUUGUCUCUCUUUCAGUGGACACUUUUUAAUACGAUGAGAUGGUCCUAUUUUCUUCUACCAUCCUUAAUUACAAACAAGGUUAGUUAAUUUCAAUGAAAAAAAUCAAAUUACCUUACUGAAACAUGGAAAACUUUCCAAAACAAAUCAUUGUAUCCAUGGCUUCAUUAAGUUACUGCGGGCUGUAAGUCAUCUCUGAGAUUGUUUAGCGUCAAACGCCAUAAUUUAAUGUCGUAUAACACAGAAUAGUCGUUUAAGAAGUGAGAUUUUGUUGUUACUAAUUUAUAAAACAGCGUGUUUUGCGUAGCGUAAAAUAAAGAUCGUAUUUUUUUUUUGUAUUCAAUAUAUUUAUUUAUUGUAUUUUCAUCGAACAUUUCUUCUUCAUUUUUCAAUAGAUAGGGUUAAAUGUAUACCUCAUAAAGGUGAAGUCAAGUUUUGUAUUAUGAACAUCUUAAUGGUUUGUGAAAUUAAUGAUUUUCCAUUAAAUUACUGGCAAUUUUUAUUCCAUAUUCUUGAAGAAAUACGAAAUUAAAUAAUCUAGGGAUGAACACAUUGGGCUAUACAUUCUUAGUUGAUAAAAUACAAUCGAAUAGUUCAAAUAGGGUUUUCGCAAACGAAUUAGAUCGAAAUUGUAACUCGCAUAAGUCACCGAGUAUUUUAUUUUUUAAUGGAAAUAUUAUUUGUUAAAACUUCUUACGGGUCAAACAUGUAUUUAUUUUAUCUUUAGUACCUGUAAAAUGUGUCAACGAUAGCUUUUUAUCUACUAUUUAUUUUCACUACGGAAAAUAACACCCAAGUCACUCUACAAACUCUUAUUCCCACUUUUCGAACUUAUUGCAGUAACUAAACUAUUGUAAUUAAUUUAUUAAUAGCAAUAGCUUUGUCACCCUGACUGAAGUAAACAACAAUCUAUAGUCCUUUUCAUUUCCUCUUAAUAUAUUUUUGUUAACUAAUAGUUUAGUUAGUUUUUAUACAUCACUAACUAUGUAUAAAAACUCUAUGGGUUAACACUUCCAAUAAUGCUUUUUCUUUUAUAGUAUCUGGCAAUAUUUUUUUACCUUUCUCAUUUAUCUCCUAUUUUGUUACUAUAAUAAUAUAAAUGUUGCUUAAUUUUUUUAUUUAAUUUUAAUGCUUAUUUAAAAGUUUCUUGUAAUCAAGAGAAACAUUUAUUUUCAUGUUACUUUCAGGUUUUUAUGAAUCUUAUUUUUUUUUUAAAUUAUAAUAAACAGAAUGCCAGUAUUCAUGUCGUUUUUAAUUUUAUGAAUGUGUUAAGUACUUUGCCACUGUAACUAAUUGCUUAACAAUUUAACAUAAGCUUGUGGUCUGUGUUAACAAUUGUUAAAAUUAUUUUUUCUUAUUAAUUUAAAAAAUAAGAUUUCAAAAGUCGAAAUACAAAAUUAAAAACUGCUCUUACGUUGUUUAAUCUCAUGAUUAUUAUUGUCAUUAUAUUAUUUCUAAAGUUUCGAAUAAUUAAAUUUUCUUGGCGACGUAAGACUAAUAUGUAAAUUCGUCGAGAUUUCAAUAUCUCGAUAUUCUACUGUCAAAUUUCCUAUAAAAAAUAUUUUGUGAUAGAAAAUUGGACGGUAGAUAGCAAAAUAUUCAAUGCAGUUCAAGAUCUUAGAGAUUGAACCGUAAAAUUAGUUCUAAUUAUAUUCUAAAUAAUCUGGUUAAAAAAUCUGUAAAAUUACGUUUACUGCCAAGCAAUGUCAAAAAAAAAUCUAGGUUAAUAUUUGACAUGUCGGAUAGUCUUUUUAUUGGCAAUACUACACGUGUUUUAUUCUUGUAGUCUAGUAACACAUUGUAUUUACACACUAGUCAUUUGUUUGUAAGUUUUAAGCUGUGUUGUGUGAUUAGUUGUUACCUCCAUAUUGCCAUUAGCCGUAAUACGACCAUCAUAAAUAUCAAGCGUUUGCUAUCAAACUAUUAACUGUUGUUAUUAACCAAAUAUAGAAAGUUUGUUGAAGUUGUCUUUGCACGUGAUUAAAAACAUUUUUUUUACAAAA